GACACCAUCAAACUCUGGGCCUUCGAGUCCCGCCAACUCCUCGCUUCCUUCGUUCAGAAUUCUACCACCCUUGUCCUCUCACCCGACUCGCGCCAACUAGCUUACACGAGUUACGAUAAGAACGACGUGCAUAAGUACAAUAUUUACAUAUGUGAUAUUCCACCCGAUGUGCUUGCUCAGGCCCGUACCAGUGCACGCAAAAAGUCAACCCUCAAUCAGGCCCGUCUUGGCGCAACUCGUCGUCCUCCUACAGUGCGCCAUAGACCACCGAUGCCCGUCAUACCUAUGGUGCAGAGGCCUCCACCUAUAAUCAACCCACAGCAACCCAUUUUACUUCGCCUCCACAAACUUCUUCCCUUCUCUUCUCGCACAGCCGCAAUUCCUCCUGUUCGCAAUCAUAUUGAGCCUAGCGGUCCUCUAGAUGUAUGUCCCCAUUUCUUCCUCCUUUUGCAUUUGACUGGACAAUCGCGAUGUAGCUCCCAGCUACGUCGCCCCUACCCCACCAUCUCUCAGGGCCCACUGCAACUCAGGGACGUUCGGAUAUCAGUUUCAGCCAGAAUCCUAGACCACUGCCUACCACCCGAUUGUCUGCAACCCCACCCACUACCUUCUCUACCCGUCUACACAAUAUAUCAACCUGGUGGCCUGUUCGUGCAGGUCAUGCACUUCCGCCUAUUGUUGAUGUCCCUCACGCACCGGGUCAAUUGCGCAACGCUGCAGCAGGUGCUCCCGGCCCUGACAAUGAAUAUAUCCGAGAGGAAGACUAUGUUCCCCCUUCACUCAAUACUGGGACGCAUGGAAGGGACCGGUAUUGUUUUUGCUUCUAGCAUUGUGCGCUGGCAUCCCCCGCGUAGUGUAAAUUACCUGUCACUCCUCGCAUUCCGUGUUCUAUGCACAUCGAUACAUAUGUCGUUCGUAUAUCCAGAUUUUGUUUCGUCUUUGACACUUCGAUUCCGGAAUACAGGAAAUGAACGAGAUAGAUUCAGCCCAUUCUCAAUAAGUGAUGGUUUUUUGCCGUGUAGCAAGAGCCUCCGGACUGAAUAACGUCUAUCGUCUCUGUGAAAAACGAACCAGCAGCUACAUUCCCUCCUCUAUGGCAGAUUCGGAUCAACUGUGCAUCCGUGCAU